UCGGGCAGCUGGUUUUCCUCGAUUCAGUCAUUGCUGGUAGCAACACUGAGUUCGACGACGGCCGCCGGAUCAGUGCGUUCUUCCAUUUUCUUGUAGAGCAGUUUAGCCACACCCCACCACCAUGUCUGAUGAUGAAGAGUAUUCCUCUGAAGAGGAGGAGGAGGUCGUCGUCGAGGAACAGCAGCAGGAAACGCCAGCAGCUGAAGCUAAGGGAGAUGAUCCCGAAUUCAUCAAGCGCCAGGACCAGAAGCGCUCAGAUCUGGACGAGCAGCUGAAGGACUACAUCAAUGAGUGGCGCAAGCAGCGAGCCAAGGAGGAGGAUGAGCUCAAGAGGCUGAAGGACAAACAGGCUAAGCGCAAGGUUUCUCGUGCCGAAGAGGAGCAGCGCAUGGCUCAGCGCAAGAAGGAAGAGGAGGAGCGUCGUGUGCGCGAGAUUGAGGAGAAGAAACAGCGCGAAAUCGACGAGAAGAGGCGGCGUCUGGAGGAGGCCGAGAAGAAGCGUCAAGCGAUGCUGCAGGCCAUGAAGGACAAGGACAAGAAGGGCCCGAACUUCACCAUCACCAAGAAGGACAGCAACUUCGGCAUGUCCAAUGCCCAGAUGGAGCGUAACAAGACUAAGGAGCAGCUGGAGGAGGAGAAGAAGAUCUCUCUGUCCUUCCGUAUCAAGCCCCUUGAGCUGGACGGCUUGAGCGCCGAUACCCUGCGCACCAAGGCCACCGAGCUGUGGGAAACCAUUGUCAAGCUGGAGACCGAGAAGUACGAUUUGGAGGAAAGGCAAAAGCGCCAGGACUACGAUCUUAAAGAGUUGAAAGAAAGACAGAAGCAGCAGCUGAGACACAAGGCCCUGAAGAAGGGUCUGGACCCAGAGGCUCUCACUGGCAAGUACCCGCCCAUGAUCCAAGUCGCCUCCAAAUACGAACGUCGUGUCGAUACCCGCUCCUACGAUGAUAAGAAGAAGCUGUUCGAGGGUGGCUAUAGUGCGUAUUACCUUGAAAAGAUGGACAAAAAGUGGGCGCAACGCCAAGAGCUCUGGAUGGCACGAACCAAGUCCAAACUGCCCAAGUGGUUCGGAGAGCGACCUGGCAAGCGGGCCGGAGACCCAGAAACCCCCGAGGGCGAGGACGAAGUCAAGCCCGACGAUGAGGAGAUCGAGGAGGUGGUCGUAGAGGAAGUCGUCGAGGAAGAGGAGGAAGAGGAGGAGGAGGAAGAAGAGGAGGAGGAAGAGGAGGAAGAAGAAGAGGAGGAGGAAGAAGAGGAGGAGGAGGAAGAAGAGGAAGAAGAAUAAACUAAAAUUUUCGAUCAUCAACGGUUUCCUUUUAGAGCUAUUGAUUAAGUCGGGAGCAUUAUUUUUCUACUACCAUUUCCAUACUCUAUUCCUCCAAUCAGCAAGAGUCCAGCAGGAAAAGAACAAGCAAGAACAAAUGAUAAUCAUGACGGUGAUGAUGAUGACGAUGUGAAAGUGAAAGGACACAUGGUGGUGGGUGGUGGGUGGCGGCGGCUUUGGCCGUUGCUGUCCCUCCCACCGGAGGCGGCAAUACCAGCAGCAACAGCUAAAUCUACAACUUCUAAUGAUUGGAAUCAUCUCAAUUAACAUCUUUCAUGAACUUUAUUAUUUUAAUGAUUAUUUUAUUAUUUAAAAUCUCAUUAUAAAAACAAAAUAAAAUUAUUUAUUAUAAACUUA